AUGGCGCCCCUCGCCUUCUUGGCACCACUGUUCAGUCAGAGUGGUGGCCGACUACACCGGACAAACGUAAGUAUUGACGGCCACGAUAUAAAUGUGCCGGUCGCUUUUUAAUUUCCUCAGAAAUCAACUACGACAUAAACUAGAUCAGUUAAUUCGAAGACUACAGGACCAGACCAAAAAUUUGUAUACAGGAAUGAAUACUACUCAGAUAGGCGCUGUGGCUGACUGACUUCGGCCCAAACAUUCGUACAUAGAAAUCCCGUUCCAUGCUCCAGUAAUCCACUGCGAGAAGGCAUUCAGUCGGACGUACGUAUUCGCCGGCUUCCUCUGUGGUUUACAGGGAUGACCACACAGUCGGUCCGUACGAGCCAAUUCGAAGAAUUCGUCAAUACAUCAGGGACUUUGACGGCCUCUGGCAACGGAGUAGGAUUGAACGAGAUCGCCGCGCGAUUGUCUGUAAGUGAAACGAAACAGAUUUUGUUCAACCAGAUGAUCAGGAUUCUUUAUCAUAUUCGUGGACAUCGAAUAUACUCCUUCCAGCCGUUCAGUAAACUUCUUGAACCACAUUCGCCAGGCCUGAAAAGCAAGCCGUUGCUCAGGAGAACUAAAUAACUACGUAUCUUCUUUUCAGCUCCAUCAGCUGUGUUUUAGUGAGCUACGGAUAUGUAAAGGCAACGGGCAAUUGGAUUAGGUCAUGAUUUAAACUAGCGUUAGUAAGGCGUUAUCAUGUUACUGCAGCGUAUGCAUAUAUGUAAAUGUACAUUUAUGUUAAAAUACCGUUUACAAAAACACCCAGGUCUACAAAAUUUUUUUGGCCAAAAGACCUUCAUUUUAGAGAAUCUGCUUGCAUUAGUUUUGAAAUCCUGAAAACCAAAACCACUAUUUCAUUUCGUAUUUUUGAAAUGCUUAGGUUACUACAAUAGACAUGUAUUUCAACGGCAUAUACUAAUAUUCAUUUUCUUAGAAAACUAUUUUAAUAUUAUUUUUCGCGAUAAUCAUAAUUAACUUGUAAUGAGAACAACUGAUGACCGGUACCGAUCAUACCUGUGACCGAUUUUAAUUAAGAUUCAAGAUUUUCAAACUAUUCAAUGCAGAGUCUUUAGCUGUUAAUAUUAAAGCGUAGUGUAUAAUGAAUCUGAAUUAAGAAAUAUUAUCGAAAGGGGAAAGUCAGCCUAUCAGGAUGGAAUUCCACAUUGUCGCGGCCUUGAACGUAAAUGAAAGCCUUCGUGUUACAUUAAUACUGACUGUGGAAUUGCCAUCACGAGUAAAACAUCGUCUACAAAUAGCCUCUUUAGUUCCAGCUAUAUUUUUUUUAAAUGGGGUGGUAAUUUUUUCGGAAGUCUGAUUUUUUGUGGAAAACAAAGUUCCUGAUGAAUGAUUGUAGCAGAACUGUUGAACUACGAAUACUUCAUUUAAACUUAGUGUUAAUUUAUUUUAACGAUUUCUAAAAUAGAAGAUGUUGUCUUCGUUUAGCAUAAAAACACAUACGAAAUUCGAAAAAUUGAGAAGUGUAUGGUUGGACAUGCCGUUAGCAAAAGUGCUAGUUUGGAGUUCACAGCGAAACUUUAUUUCUGUCAAUGUGGUUUUAAAAUCUUACUGCUAUUUUACGAAUAAAUGCGGCUUAAUUCUGAUAGGCGUCUCACAAAGCAUGCUGCUUUUGUUUCCUUAACCGUGGAGAAAAAAAGACAACGGAUCUCUUGGUAUGAGUCUCAUAGGCUUAUUGUUUUUGACACUGGAAGUGCUAAGCUAGAAUUAAUGAACGUUAUGAAUAUUUAAUGGUUAUCAAAAUGCGUUUGAUUGAACACAUUUUAAAAAUACCUAAAGUGGGGUUUUUCCUAUCUGGUUAAUAACAGAUCUUCCAGCAAUUUUUGAAAAAUGCUAACGUUUAACGAAAAUGACUAACUGUGUUGACUUUAACCCAAGGGGGCAUUUUAAAUACAAAAUGCGCAAUUAGACCCGGUAAAUAUGCUAGGCAAAAUGUUUAUAGGUUUUUCUAGAACAAGGUCGGUCAGGUUUGUAGUUCCUUCAUUUCUAUUAUAUUUACCUCAAAUAAAUCUCCUGUUUUGAAGGUAAGUGAAAGCCUGUUAUAAGUGCUCUCUCCAUCUGAGCUUUCAGGAUCUCAAAAAAGAACGUAACCAUUAGAAGAAUACAGAAUGUGAACUCCCCUCUGUAAUACGGAUUGCCUUUAUUUAAAUUUCAGGGAGGUUACCUGGUCGCAUGUCCUAACCCUGACCCUAAAACCAACGAUAACCCAUACCUCAACACUUACCUCAACCCCUACUGUUAUCCCACUUUAACAUUCGCCUUAUCUCUAAAUUUGGCGCUAGGCCACCCGCAUUAAUGGGACACCGUUUUACUGUCUACAUAGUUGUUGUUUCCGUUAUCUUCGAUAUUGUUUUUUUCGAAAAUAUCUUAACUGCGACAAGGAACAGUUAUUCGGACACUUGCGCUAGCGAAAAGAACAACUUUAAUUUUUUAGGAUGGACCAUGCGGGUGCAACGUUUCGAGCUUCAAACCUGACGUGGGCGCCUGCAGAUCUAAACGAUUGUUUUGAGGGUAUACCCAUUUCCAAAUCUGUUCAGAGUGGUCGAUUAGCCGCGUCCUCCACACAAACAAUCGCCGUCGCUACAGACGCUUCACGUGGCGGCAAUGUAGCUUUUAUUCCAAUCAACCGGGUGAGCACAAAUGUUUAUAUUUAAAUAUAUUUUUCACGGCGUUAAACGCUAACAAAGAAUUCUGAGGCUGAUGGUGCUAUUCAAAAUUUUGUUUUUUGUCAUGCGCUUACAUGCUGUCCAACGAUUGACCUUGUUUUACCUUGUCAUUAGGUCUCAGUCCGUCAACUAUAAGAACUACGACAAUGUAGAAUUAAGAAGAAACUUUGUAUCUGACAAUUUUAAAACCUACAGAUGUGAAUACCGCAAUGCCACUGGGCUAAAGCUAUCAAAGAAGCCAAGUUCUAGGGCGAACUAUGAUUCAUGACAAAAAUAAGUUCUAGACUGAAGAAUUUUAAUAUUAAUCUAGACAGGACUUUGGGGUGCACCAUGGAUUUAUCGUCUUUCUUCGUAAAUUGUCAAUAGCAAAACGUUUAUAGAUGCCAAUCUAUGUAACAUUAAUCACAACAGGAUUUAAGUCACUCUUAUCCUUGGUAGUGUGUCCACCACGAAAGCGAAACUGAUAUUGGGAGCCGAUGCGCAGAGUACGUCUCAUUGUUGUCAACCGAAAUUAAAUAAAGAUGAUUGGGAGUGAAAUUGGUCCCAGUCGCUGAACUUCUGACAAGUUUUUAUUAACGCAUCCUGCACACAUAAUGAAAUGCUGUUUAGAUCGACUACCAAAAUUUUAAAGUGUUCAGUGGCCCGGUAAACGAAAGCACAACCCAAAACAAGAACCUUCUUUGGAACAAUAACAGUAUGUGUGCUACUUCAUGAGAUGUUAACCAAAAUUCUGGAAGGCAUCUUCGUUUCGAAAAGAUUAUUUAAACAGGACUUCAAAAUUCAUCAUCGUGCAGAAAGCUACUCCUUCUAUCAAUUUCACACUAGAAGGAAGGGUAUACUUGGUUUCUAAGUUUUUUCUUUUGAAACGUUUUAUGGCCGUGAAAUACCUGUUCGUAUAGCAUCGUAUCACUGUAUUUACUGAUGUGGCUAAUAUAAUUUAAAAUAGGGCUUAAAUCUACUGCUUAAUUUAUGAACUCCAUAUAGGCUUUUCUUAAUACCGUCGAGAAAUGUAUGAUUUUUCGUAAGCGGUGAAUAUACGGCUUGUAGAUUUGAAACCCUGAAUGCAAGCCUAACGGCAAAUCGGGUACAAAAUUAUUCGGUAAUUGAAAAAGUUUUUGAAAACCGAAUUAUAUCCUUCUUUCUAAUAUAAAAUGUAAAGAGCAUUUAAUUUUCUGCCGAAAGACUAAGCUUUUCAAGUCGUCACAAAAGUGCAUGAGAUUUCCUUCUGAGAACGGCUGAUUUGAACAUGUGUGCAGAUGAAAACUGUGGUUUCCAGUCUGUCGAAGAUUACAUUUGUUGAUGUUAUUUAUUUAUUUUCAUUUAUUUAUUUGUUAAUGCAAUUUGGUUUAUAAAUCUGAUCUUCUGGCGAGUAACGCACAGUAAUCCCACUUUGAAAAUCGCAGAGAUCAGGGUUUGCAAAAAUCAUUACUGAUUGGUUGCCUGUGACCUGUUCGCAGGCUUCACUUCUCACUAUUCGGGCUGGAUGAGACCGUUUGUCUCAUCGGUCCAGCCAGAACGGCUAGGAGACGGAAAAAGUUACUUUCAGACGCUAAAUUUGUGAGCACUGUUCCUAUUAGUGAUAUUCCUCGUGUUAUCCUAAAAUUUCUGUUUGAAAUUACGCAAAGUACAGUUUUUGAGGAAAUCUUCCCGAAAUCUCUAACAAAAUGGGACCUGUAUUAGAAUAUUUUUCUUAAGAUUUCCAGCAAAUCAGAUAUGUGCGCUGACCCUAAAGUGUAGUAAGCUAGUGGACUGCAGUGAUAGAUAUUGUCUUUGCUGUCAGGCUGCCAAACUUUUACCGCGACCCAGUUUUUAACAAUGGUUAGCAAACAAAAACAAGUAAGAUAAAAAUGGCUAGUUUACUCCACCCGCAUCGAUUACUGAGUGCAUUUGUUACGCCGACGCCACAUUAAACCGAAAGUUAAAACGCACCUGUCAUAUCAUAUCCUCUGAACGUCCAACUAACAUAUCCCCGACUUGGCUGUCUGAGUUCGAGUGGUAGUAACUUGCUGACAUCGACUAGCCAGUCAGUCUAUCUAUCUUGACUAUGCCCCCUCAGGGCUGAUCGACUCAUUCUCUCUGUAGCCGCAUACGCAGUUGAUAGAUUACGCCAGAGUACUUUUGAGAGCUGUGGUGCUUUGUCCUUCAAGAAUCCACCCGUCGAGGUAAGAAAUCGUAAGCUUGAACAUGGAUGCUCCCUGGGGGAUCCCGACUGCAAACUGCAAGACCCAGAACCCUGACACCGUCAUGUAUAGUAGUCCCCGCAUUUGAAAUUGCCAGCGCUACCCAGAGAUGGCAUUUAUGCAAUCAAGGCUGUAGCUUCCUUCCAAUAUCUUAAGCAUACUUAUGGUUACCGUUCCUGCAGUCGUUCCAGUAACCUGUGGCAAAGUUUACCCAGCAAGUCCAUUUAACACGGUUGGCACACCUAAAUUUAUCAGGACGAGUUAAAACCGGAGACUUGGAAGGCUGCCAGCUGAUUGAAUAUCCUGCUUCUCUCAGGCCAGAGAUUCAGACUGCGAUGACCGCUUCUUAAUGUAACCCUUCUGCUCACUUUGAAUCGGAGUCGCCCUCUGAGAUGUUUCUUCGAGGACUUAUGACAUGUCUGCGGAGACCAGGCUGUGUGCGGCACGCGUAGACGGAUUGCACAGUUAUAUAAACCACUGCACCCAACCCCGCCUCCGGUCGUCCCGACUCUGUCUUGCUAGCCGUCCCCCCCCCCACCAUUUUACGGGAUGUACGUGGGACAGCAUCGUUGGCAACGGCCGAGCUGAUGUUUAUACGUCGGUGAGGCGUGGCAUAGCGCCUGUGGGGACCACCUAAUGAUUAAAAGAAUCUGUACAGUAGGCGUUUGUCCAGACUUUUGGCCCCGCUCAGCGUUCUUUGUCCGAAAGUAUGUGCACAGAGUAUCAUUUAGCUUUCUUUAUUUCCUGAUCGUUCCUCCCCCUCCACCCUGAACUGCGGCCGGGACCCAUACUUUGAUGCAGAAUGUGGACGCAACAAGGUCUAUCAGCAAAUGAGUAGCUGACAACGGUUCGCAACUUCUUUGCGACGUGAAUCGAGUUACGACUCACUUACCAAGGCUCACAAGCUUGGGAAUCUACGUUUUUAAUCGAGUUCGGAGUUAGCGAAGUUCAAAAGCCGCUGCAGAAGAAAUUAAAAUCACACCACCGGCGGCUGCUCAGACAAUAAAUAUGAAUUUACAUCAAGGUAGAGGGUUAGCCUCUUGGCACACCCAUGUGUGUGACAGAACAAUCCUCCGGGUCCCUUUUGGUCUUAAGAGGCAGAAAGUGGAGCCAACUUCCUCAGACUAGGAAAGAAUGCUAUUUAGGGGCCACUCACACGGAAAGCAUCGUCACGUGACCCGGCUGAGGGUAAGUGUUAAGACAAUUUUCCAGCCAGCAUCAUUCAUCGGCUGUAGCGCAGACUGAUCCUUGGAGCAGUCUGAGUUCUUACUUCGAGCACCACGUAGAGGAACUGAAAAAUGUCCCCUUCAGGUCACGCAAAUAGCGGGUUUCGGGAGACAACUGAAUCACUGAAGUUCUAUUUUUUAAAAAAAGAUUUUACUUUUCACGUAAACAGGAUACCAGAUUCUUCAGUGGCGUGAUUUUUUUCCUCACAGAGGGUGGUCCGCGAACUUGACAGCUCACGUAGUUACCCUCAGAGAUGACAGCUUAAAUCUUGCGGUGAAACUGUUAAGCAAAACUGUUAAGCUCCUAAAUAAAGUACCUUGGCGUGAGGUGCUGCGUUUAGCAUACAGCGAAGUCCUCUCAUAACAUCAAUCCGCGGGAUAAACCAAGAGAUCUACGGAUAAAUCUUGAACACUUUGGAUCUAACCUACUGGCGAGUUAUUUUUAGCACGGACAACGCCAUGCAUGAUGAGAUGCCACGAAGGAUAGGACUCCACGAAUGUGCAGAUUAGUCUGAAAAAGUCGGCCACAGCAGUAGGAUUUAUGACCAAUGAACAGACCGUGGAUAGUAGAAUCACAAGGCACGCCGACGCAGACGGGCCACUCAUCACCUCGUCUCCCUCGAUCUAUUCAAACGCAAGUACAUGUUGGAUGAUUUGUGCAGUACGAAGUGCAGGCAAAAACGUGCACAGAAAUCUACACAACUCCUUUUUACCAAACAAUCUGUUGCGCAGAACUAGCUUUCGCUAGAAAUAUUGGAAAAUCAUGCCACACCCUGUCUGAGUUUGGCAGGAGAAUAAAUCUGCCCGUCAUACUGAGCGGGAAUUUGUGGCGGUGAGCAGGGAGGAUUGAUGCGAUUGGAUGAGACUGGUUGGGGUGGGGGGGGGUGGCGUAAGGCCACCACUGGCAGUGUAUUUGUGCUUCCACUUCGCAAGGGUCACAUGCAUGCUUUGCUCCGAAAACGGACCCCGCAGUAGAUGCACUGGAGCAACACAGCGGCUAGAUCGAACUCCGGAGGGCGUUGUCAGGAAUGCGUACCCAUAACAAACGCUAUUGGGGAUGUGGUGGUAGGCCUAGGUGCGGAAUUCCACUGCCCCAAUCACCUGCGCAAUCCACCGCCUCCGGUCCUCUUGGCCCUGUCUUGUAGCCGAUUGGCCGAUCGGUAUUUGCUGUUGUAAUCCAAUGUCUCUGCUACCAGAGCAACACCAUUUCGUGUAAGUUCAGGUCUCGUAUAUCGUCAGUGCAUCAAGAGGUAUCCCAGUAGCUAUUUUGUGAUCAGUGGAUACUGUACUGGUUUGAGUGUCUCCGAUAAAUAUUCCUCUGCCACAUGAUAUGGAGUUUAUCGAAUGUCCAAAUUCCGAUGAAAUGACCGUCCUCAUAGAUCUUCAGCAGACCAUAUGGUUGACUCCGGGUGUCGUGGGGACCCCAAAAAGUCUUCCGUGGUGAUUUAUAUGGCCCAACCAAACUACCCCAAACCACUGAGCCAGCAUCUAUUAGUAUCAGCAAGAGCAGCUGACGUCGGGUUAUGCACACAGAAGAACUAUGUGCACGUUCCGCGUUUACAGUUGCCAAAGACCCCUUAACAGCAAGCAAUUCUUCGAGCUCCUCCCUACCUCCUGAUAUACCUAUCACCGGCUUUUAUUAUGCCCCUUCUAAUAUUCCCACCUCCGCUGGCGUGGAAAAACAAAUUUUGAUCGACUUCUCUUAUCCUUUACAUAAGUUGCUCGACCCCGUUCCUACAGUUAUUGGGCAAACUCAUUAAAUGUCAACAGAAAUUCCGAAAUGCGUUCUAGUUUCGAAAGAAUUAAUUACGUAGGGUUGUAAAACUGGUCAGCCUGCAGCAUAAUUCUAUAAUGAUUCAGAUACCUCAGGGUGUCGGCUCUCGAGUGAACUUAUUUGCGACUGCAUGCAAGAACUACACUCUGCAAAAAGUGACCGAAUUAUAGUCGUCUUCAAUCAAAUGUAAUUAAAUUUUCAAGGGCAUCAAAAAUCAAUGAUAAAAUUGCAUGCUACUUAAGUAGCCAGUUUUUGCAGAGAAAAAUUCUUGCAUGCAGUCGGGAAUAAGUUCAUUCGAAAGCCGACACCCUGAGGUAACUGGAUCAUUACAGAAUUAUACUGCGGAUCGAUUAGUUUUACAACCUUACUUAGUUAAUCUUUUCGAAAAACGAAAACGCAUUUCGAAAUUUCGGUUGGCAUUUCAUGAGUUAGCCCACCUACUGUAUAUAUAUGCAAAUGUAAUUACCGAUAAAGACAGGAAAUAAUUUUUUGCAACUUCCUUUCAAGCAAGACUAAAGCUCUAAUUAGCGAUGGGGCUCUGAUCAUGAGCUGCUUACCUGCUGCGCAAAGUGCGAAGGCAGUUAUGUUGCUGCUCUCCGUCUGUGUAGAGUCGGACGUAAUUUUCUCUCGUAAGACCGCGCCCCUUUACAUGGAGUUGGCCCGAAUUCACCACUAAACGCGACAAUCAGGGCUUACCCACUUAACUCCUAAGAGAAACUCCCUACAAACCACAACUGACAGCCAAGUCACCUCGAGCCUCCAAGACUACUCAAGGCUUUCACCGCAAUCCGAAUGUUAUCGGUGACUCGCUCGACUCUGCCAAUACCAUGUAAGUUGGUUGUCGCGGCAGCUUUUGAGACACGACAGAGUUCUGGACUAGUUGGUGCCAUUCAAAUGACUGUGUGUGUGCAUGUCCGUUGCCGAUGCGCGUGCUCUCCACUUCACAAAUGAAUGCAACACUUGUCAAAUUGAUCAGUCAAAGCACAUACUCCUUCAUCCCCACUUGACUCGAUUUCUCCGCCCUCCCACGCUAAUGUGCCCGGCGCCCAUGCGCACAGGGCUUUGACCGACAAUUCGGCCGUCGUUACCGACGAUGCACACCGUGUGCAGUGGAGCGCGCGCAGAGUAGGUGAUUUGUGUCUGAAUCAGCUUACAUUGAUAGUAGACUUUUGCAGCACCUAUCGCACCCAGUCAUCCCAAACCUACCUGUGCUCAAUGUCAUGACAGGCUGUGGGCGGGAUCGGGCGCAAUGAUUCACAAGAAUAAACAGCACAUCUACGCGCGCCCCACACGCCUAGUCCUCGCACCAGGGUCUCACAGAAACCAGCUGAGUGGGAAUGCCAUAGAGGUCACGGUAAGAUGGAGCCACUGCAGCUCGGUCUAAUUAUCUCGUCAGUUGGCAGUCUUUCAGGCCAUUACUUUUGGCGCAUCGUGCUAGUUUACAAGCUUGACAGAUUUUUUAUAGUUAGCAGUAUUUGCUGAAGUUCCGAGGGGGUGGGGUGGGGGACGCAGUCCCCAAAGUCGACCUCGCUCCCUCUCUUCCCCCUCUCUCCCAGGCACCAAUCCGCUGUCCGAGCCAAGCAGCCAUCAGUUGCGAGGAUUGGGCGCCAGUGGCUGGCGUGGCUUGAGUCUGCACCUAGCUGUGUCACCGCACACCCUGUAUAUUUGGCAUUUGUUGUUAUGGGUGCGUAGGCCGACUAACGUGAGCCAAGUCCGCAUCUACUUCCCGGUGCUGGUUCAGCUCGCCUCCGGCUUGUAGGGGCCUUCACACAAAAAUGACAUGACAAGGCACUGGUCGAGUAAUGGAUGCCCAUCGAUCCUCCGUGCGACAUCAGUGGUGAGGUUGAGAGGUCGCAUGAUCUGCGCAGCAGAGUCCACUUUUGAGGACAAGAAACGCACGGCGCACAUGGGUUUGGUGUGGAAAAGGCGCUCUCACUGUCGUCCCCCCCUCACACGCACACCUUUUCAAGUGUGCCUGUGAUGAGCUCGACACUGCUAUCCCCUGAUUGGCUAAUUUUUCCGCCUUCAGCCUCCCCUGGCAGCGAACGUGGCAUUUCGACUAGAUUCGUCAAGCAAGCGCUGUUGAACUGCACGAUGUGCUCGUCCUCCCUGUUACUGCUCGAGGACCGGAAUACAACCACAUACACACACCCCUCCCCCCACAAUCACCUGGCCGCCCAAUUAGCUGCAUGCACAGUGAAAAUCGUACUUUAGAAGCAGCUCUGUCGCUACUCUGACGAAACAGGGGCGAAAUUUUCCUUUUUGUGAAAUGUCACCCCGAUAUUUUCAAAAAACCACUAGUAAUAAUUUGUUUGAUGAAGUGUUGUUUUGUCAGGCGCCGUAUAUGUAGACUCAGCCAUCUGUGAGAACGCAUAAUCCAGGAGUUUUUCUUGUGCUAGCAUUCGUAACUGUCGGUAUUUCAUUCUGUAUUAGCAGUCGCUGUGCGACAGUCAGCGAGUCGAGUAGGCCUCGUAGGGCGAUCUGUGAGCGCCCCUCUACCACACAGAAUACGUGCGAUCUCAUGAAAUCUUAACUGAAAUUCUGAAAUGCGUUUUCAAUUCGAAACAAUAACUUAAGUAGGGCUGUAAUAUUAAUGGCGGUUGAUGUCUAAUGAGAGAGAAAUGGCCACUGCAGUUCCCCUUGUCUUUGUCGGUAAUACCAUUCUGCCUAUAGUACGCGCGCUAUGUUGCUGCUGUUUGGACUCGAGAGAGAGCCCAAGGCACAACAGGACGAAUGAGCUCCGUAAAAAGAAGAUCGGUGAAAGAAGGCAGAAUAAGCCCGAGACAGUACUGCAUCAAACUACCCGCUUUCUCUGUCGACCCCCUUCGCUGCUAUUAUGACUUUGCCAACUUCGGCCCGGUAAUUGGUUGCCAGAUCGUGAUCUUUGCCACUCACACGGAGCUUGUUUGCUUCGAGAAGCCCAUGGAUCGGUGUGCGCUUAUUCCUGACUAAAUAUAUGUAUAACAUUUACGCAUAUCGAUAUAUAACAUUAUAAUGGUAGGGGGCGCUCACCGAUCGUUCCUACGAAACUCACUCGUUCCGUUGUGCCUUAAGGGCUCUCUCUCGAGCCCAAUCAGCAGCCGCACAGCGGCGCAUGAUAUAUAGGCAGAAUGCAAUUACCGACAAAGACAACGGAGACUGGAAUGGCCAUUUCUGGCUUAUUAGCCGUCGUCAGCCAGUCAUACCCAAGCCCGAAGUGUGGAACACCCGUGACUCCAUAGAGGGUAGAGGCGUGGACUUCUAAAACAACAUGUCGCGAGUUCGAGGCUCGGGUGUUCCACACUUCGGGCUUGGGUAUGACUGGCUGACGACGGCUAAUAAGCCAGAAAUGGCCAUUCCAGUCUUUCUUGUCUUUCUUGCCUAUAUAUCAUGCGCCGCUGUGCGGCUGCUGGUUGGGCUCGAGAGAGAGCCCUUAAGGCACAACGGAACGAGUGAGUUCCGUAGGAACGAUCGGUGAGCGCCCCCUACCAUUGUAUAUUCCCGAUCGAAAACCGACAGGGCAACGGGCUCGUGGCCCAGUGGGUAGAGGCGUGGACUUCUAAACCAAGUGAGCCACACUUGGGGUAAUAAGCCAGAAUUUGCCAUUCCGGCUUCGCUUGUCUUCGUCGGCUCCAUCUCAUCUAUGUCUAAUACUAGUCGCUGUGCGAAUGCCUUCGAGGGUUUAAGUAUGAGCCCCAAGGCACAACGGAACGAGCAUGUUCCGACACCUGAUCGGCGAGCGCCCACUGUCAUAAUUGAUAUUCCCGAUCACAUCCGACAGGACAACGGGCCCGUGGCUCAAUGGUAGAGCGUCAAACUCUAUGACCAAAGAUCCCGGGUUCGAAUCUCAAGUGAUCCACACUUGGGGUUGGGUAUGACUGGCUGAUGACGGCUAAUAAGCCAGAAAUGGCCAUUCCGGUCUCCCUUGUCUUUGUUGGCUCCAUCUCAUAUAUAUAUAUAUAUAUAUAUAUAUAUAUAUAUAUAUAUAUAUCAACAUGAGUGAAGAUUCGAGGUUCAGAUAGAUUAUCUCGUUCAUCAUCCUCAAAGGAAGACGACGAAGAAAAAGAUACGAUUCCAUGGACCACACUGUAUUGAUGCUGACGUUUCGGAGACUUCCUCGUUUCAAUCAUCGGAGUAGUGGUAGGGUGUUUGUUCCUGCUAGCCCAGAGUUGUUCGGUCUCGCCGCCUGUCUCGUGUUAUAGGAAUGCCUGCUACACGAACUCUGAUCUGUCUGCUGGCGGGGGAUUGGCUUUGGUCUCUCCGUGGCCAACCCCUUGUGCGCUCGUGUGACCUCUGUCCCCUGCCCGGCCGCCGUUGUCGCUGCUAGGUCCGUGCGCCCUUCGGCCCUCCCCCCAUAAUCUGAUGGGCUGAUCAGCUGCCGUUGCAUGUGUGAAUCGCGUUCGGCUGUUUGGGCGCGUCGAUGGGUCGAUGUGUCGCGUCGGUCGUCUGACCCCCGGCGAGCUCUCCCCCCCACCUGCUGUGAAGGAGACAACCGUUGAGAGAGCCGCGAUUUGUUCGCCUGUGCUGUCGGCCCUGUCCGGACUGACUGGAACGUCGUACGUAGGGCCUGGUAGGCCGGACGAGGAUCAGUGGCUCUGUUGAUUGUGUCAACUGAGGACCAACUUUCGAGAACCAGUCUGGCCAUCUUGUCGCUCGCUCGGCCGAUGACGCUCGCCUCCCCAAAGGCGAAACUGUGCUUCUCCUGUUGUAUGUGGCCAUAUACCAGUGACAGCUUAUCCUCGCGGUUGACUACAAGCUGGUGCUCGUGCAGUCUAUUGCAGAGGCGUUUGCUCGUUUCACCAGCAUACCUCGCACUGCAAUCUUAGCAAGGUAUGCUGUAGAUCACUGCUGACUGUUCCGCUGCCGGUAGCUGGUCUCUGAGCCUCAUUAUCUGCCGCCCGAUAGUGGAUUCCGGUUUAUGGGCCACUCCAAUCCCAAAAGGGCUCAGGAUUCUUGCUAUCGCCUCAGAAACAUUCUUCAUGUAGGAGAUUGCGUGCCAGAACUUGGGCUUCUCAUCGUUAGCUCUUUCGCGAGUAAGUCCUCUUCGGCACUCCCGUAUGAAGGACCGUGGGUAACCAUUGGCUGUGAAUAGGGAAUGUAGGUGUUUCGCUUCCUCCCUUCUCCCGUCGUCGUCACUACACUGUGUUUGAACUCGUUGGAAAGGAGCUCUGACAUAACUGCGUUUGUGACCAAUGGGUUGGUUACUCCGGAAUUGGAGGACGCGACAAGAUGGAGAUCUCGUAGCAUUCACAGAUAAGGGCAUCGAAAAGGACAUGGAAUACCGGAAUGGCCAUUUCUGGCAUAUUAGCCGUCAUCAACCAGUCAUAACCAAUGCCAGGUGUCGAGUACCUGCGAUCUGAAUCCGGAAUCCUUUGUCAUUAUUAAUAUUUCCGAUCACAGUCGACCCGUGACGCAGUGAUAGAGCCAAAGAUCAAAGAUCCCACGUUCGAAUCCCAGGCACUGGACACAUUGGUAUGGGGUAUGACUGGUUGACGAUGUCUAACAAGUCAGAAAUGACCUGGUAUCCACUGCCCUUAUCGGUACCCUACUAUCUUCAUAUGUUACUAAUCGUUAUGCGAUUGUUAAAGAGGUAAAAGGCAAAACUAGGAGCAUAAACAGCGCUAUUCGCGCACAUAUUGUUGAUUCUGGGCGUCGCGUGGACUCUAGCGAAGCUUUUCUCAUGAUUUAUAUGGUCCAUUCGAGCUGCCCUUAGCUACUGAGCCAGUGUCUGUUAGCAACGGCAGAAUCGACUGCAAUCAGGUUAUGAAAGCCGGCCUUGUGCACGCAGAAGAACUUCGUCCAGGCUCCGCGCUUACCGUGGUCAGAGGUUGACUAACUACAUGCCACUCCCUGCGCCCUUCCACUUUUACCCCGCCUGUGCUUUAAAACGAACUUUGGUCGACUUAUAACCAUUGACAUGUUUGACUUGUACCUCCUUCCUAUUUACUUAUACUGGCCUGACGAUAAUUUAUCGAAAGCAGACGUAGGCUCGCCAACUAGUCUUCGGAAGAAAAAAAACAAAAUCAGCGUAGAAAUGCCUGUUCGCUUGACAUUUUGAAUCCUAACUUAAAAGCAUUCCUGAAAAUACAAGGCAAAGCAAUAGAGAAUUUCUAGAUGGGUUUUACGACCGAUCUCUCCGCACAGUCUUACUGACGGGUCGGAAAUAGGAGCAACCAGUCUUCCGUCUCGCUAUCCACUAGAGUUGUUACUCAACCUCUACUGUUUUUUUCGCUUUAUCGCUCUGUGAGCUGUCAUCUACUUAUCCGUUUAUGGGUCAGGGCUACACUUAUCUGAGAUUUUAUUUGAAUCUGUAUCCUUCAGGUUCGGAUUAUAAAAACGUAACUGCCUGCGUACAAAGUCUGACUCAUGGGGAGGGGGGGGGUGCACUGUUGAAAUAUCGCUUUUACGGUUCUGUUGACUCAAGGCGAAACCUCACCUGUCAAUCGUGUGCGAGGUAUCUGCUUGCGUACACCUGAUUGAUGUCCUGUCGCAAGUAGUGUGGGAAAUAUUACUAACUGAAGAGAGCACUUGGAGAGCCGAAGGAGGCUGUUGUUUCAGUUCACGCUUUUUGUCGGUUAUCUCAUCUUGCAUGGGUUAUUGGUCGCUGCGCGACUGCCUGUGGCGUUUUCGAUUUCAGCCCAUGGCAUAACGGGACGAGAAGGUACCGUAACGUAAAUGGCAAAUGUCGUCUACACUUGGUGAUGUAUAUAUAUAUAUAUAUAUAUAUAAAUAUGUAUAUGUGAAUGUCAAGUAAGCGCAUGACCCCACCGCUGUGGUCAGGAUCUCACUGGAUCCCAUUCUGUCCGCCCGCCAGCUGGCCUCUGACCACAGCGAACCUUGUGCCAUAGGACACACACCACACAUAACAUGUAAGCAACUAACUAAGAGUGCAACAGGCCGGACACAUACAGCUUUUUCACGAUCGUUACCGAUCAUCAGUAUGUCAUAGGCCAUUCUUACUUGGCAUGUUUAUAUAUCUCACUUCAUAUGACCCAUGACGUACUUAUGACUGGUGACGACCGUGAAACAGCCGUCUGUGUCUGGCCUGUUGCAAUCUUAGUGAGCUGCUUAUGUCUUAUAUAAAUGUAGGCGGAAUAGCAUUGCCGACAAAGACAAGGGGGGAAUGGAAAGGUCAUUUCUGGCUUAUUAGCCGUCGUCAGCCAGCCACACACAACCCCAAAGUGUGGAUCACCUGAGGCUUGAGGUCGCGACCACUUAAUUAGAAGUCCAACGCAUCCAACCACUGAGCCACGGGCCCGUUGUCCUGUCGGUUACGACUGGGAAUAUACCAUGGUAGAGGGGAUGCUCGCCAAAAGUUUUACGGGAUUCACUCAUCCCGUCGUGCCUUACGUGCUCUCUCUUUCUCUCGAGCCCGACCAGCAGCCGCACAGUGGCGCGUGAAAUAGUCGCCCGACUUCUAACUAAGUGGUCGCGGUAUCGAGCCACAGGUGUUCCAAACUUCGGGGAUGGGUAUGACUGGCUGACGAUGGCUAAUAAGUCAGAAAUGGCCAUUCCAGUCUCCCUUGUCUUUGUCGGUAAUGCCAUUCUGCCUAUAUCAUGCGUCCCCGCGCAGCUGAUGAUUGGUCUCUUGAGAGCAGUUUUUAGGGCGAAGAUGCUUGCCUGCUGAAAUUAUUGAAUGUUAAUAAUUAUAUAUGAUAAUGUGUUAGACGUUUGGUGCCGCCUCCAAAUACUUAAAGGCAGAAAAGGAUAAUGUUACUACCGAAAAAGGCAACAAAGUCUGGAAUGACCGUUUCUGGCUUAGUAGACGUCGUCAGCAAGUCAUAUCCAACCCCGAGGUAUGGAACACCUAGAGCGGCAGCAUGUUGGGCUCAUAAGACACAAAGAAACGAGUAAUUUCCGUAAAAACGAUCAGUGAGCUCCCAUCUACCUUACUCUUGAUUCUUGUUGCAUUGACGCACAAAGUCACCCGGGUAUCCAUUGUGGGAAAAUAAUUUGAAGAGAUGCUUCAUUUCUGCUCGAUAACUUUCCUCCCCAGAUCUGUGUGUUUUGGUUUGAUUCAGCAGACUGUAGACAGAAGUCCUUUUGUGAGAGACAGGAUGUCUACUCUCAAAAUGCAGAAUGACCCCUGGAUAUGUGUCUUUGCGAAAUGGUCCAUCAGUUUUUUGAUGUGCUAGGACCUUCAGAAUUGGAAGUUGUCCAUCAACCUCUGUCUCGAAAGUAGACGUGAUUCCUGGGGAUGUAGACCCAAGGUUUUUGUGGAGUAUAUCUAACUGAUUCUUCUUGACAAUGAAAAAAGGCUUUAUCUACGGUUUAUAUAGAAAGUUUAUGAGGGUACUGACGCAGACAUGGAUAACUGAGGUCGCCUGCGUUCCGAGAGAGUAUAAGUGAAAAAGAAGUCUCGCCGGGAAAAUCGAGUUCUGCUCGUGAAUUUCAAGUUAUCUGUACAAAACCGUCGUCAGACAAAAUGAGGAGGGCAGGUGUCGCGAGGUUCUGCUGUGGCUAAUCAUGUCGGGGGGAGGGGGUAGGGAAUAGCCUGUCGGUGAGAUUCUACAUGUCUGGGCAUGCAUUACAAGCUGUUGUUUUUAAGGCAAACGCCAUUCGGCGAACCGUCAUUUCAGAUUCUCGCAAUGGAUGUCUAGAUCAAAGCGACGGUUGAUGUCGGCCGCGUUGAUCGACACCUCAAAGAUCAGGUUACUGAACAUAGAGUAGGUGGGCUAACUCAUGAAAUGUCAGCUGAAAUUCUGAAGUGCGUUUUCAUUUCGGAAAGGUUAAUUAAGUAAGAUUGUAAAACUAAUCAUCUUGCAGCAUAAUUCUAUAAUAAUCCAGUUACCGCAUGGUAUCGGCUUUCGAACGAACUUCCUACUAGCUGCAUGCAAAAACUAUACUCUGUAAGGAAUGGCUACUUAAGUUGCAUGCACUUUUAUCUGCGAUUUUCGAUGUCCAUAAACGUCCAAUUAUAUUUCAUGGAAAACAUGAAUAAAAAUACAUAGUAUUCCGAUCAUUCAGUAGAAAAUUACGUCUUGCUUUAAUUUUCUACUCGAAAAUGGGACGUAAAUAGUUUCUAAUUGUGAGACUUUUAAAUACCGUGAGAUGACCGUUCAUAGAGUGUCAUGUCUCUGCAUUUACUAAUUUGGCUUGUAAAGUUAACAAUUUGGAUCAAAUCCAAUGCUAAAUUUUAUGAACCCCAUAUGGUCUCCCCUCAAUACCGUCGAGAAAUGUGUGGUUUUCCAUACGCCGAAAAUACAUGGCUUGUAGUUUUGAAACCCUAAAGGCGAAUGUGACGGCAGAGCGGGUUUAAAAUUAUUCGGGAAUCGGGAAAGUUUUUGAAAACCGAAUAAUACCCUUUCGUUGAGUAUAAAAUUGGAAGAGGACGUAAUUUUCUACCGAAUUAGCUGAAGAAUGAAUAUGUUUAUUCAUAUUUUGCAUGAAAUAUAAUUAUACAUUUAGGUGCAUCGAAAAUCAAUGAGAAAAAUGCAUGCUAUUUAAGUAGCCAUUUUUUGCAGAGUACAGUUUUUGCAUGCAGUCGGAAAUAAAUUCAUUCAAAAGUCGGCACUCUGGGGUAACUGAAAUAUUAUUUAAUUAUAUUGCAGGCUGAAUAGAUUUACAACCCUACUUAAUUAGUCUUUUCGAAACGAAAACACGUUUCGGAAUUUCGGUUGUCAUGUCAUGAGUUAGCCAACCUAUUGUAUAUACAUAUUUACAUGGGAAGGACACUCACUGGUCAGUCUUCGUUGCAGGACGAAAAACCGGCGAUUUCGUUUUGUAUAGGAUACCUGCAAACGGGCACAUAUAGGUGAGCAGUAGUCAAUUAAAGGAGUCACUGACAAGGAGAGACGGGAUAGUCCAUUUAUGGUGUAUUUUUCAUCGUACUCCAGACACCCAGGUUGACGAACCCGAGGUUCGAAAUUGACCACAUUGGCUAUCAAACAUCUGCGUCACUGGGCCGCGGGUCCGCCGCCCUGCGCCUGAGAACAUUUAGUCAAGUGGGACUGAGGCUCAUCGGUCGAGCACUCAGGUGGGCUCAAUGGCAGGGUGUUUGACCGAGAAGCUCGCUGGCAAAAAAAAGCUUAAGUCCAAACACUGACCCGUCUCAGCCAGGGCUUGGACUAUGACUAUCUGAAGAGGCAGAUAAAACGGAUAUCGAUCAAUUUCGACUGUGUAUGUGCCCCGGCAUGCUUUGCAUUCUGCAUUAAAUCUACGAAACCAGAGUGUGCGGCAUACGCUGUCUACGGAGAACUAAGAGCACGAUUUUUCUGUCCACAAAUAGGCAGGCCUAUUCAGCAAGGCAAACACGCAAACAUGAUUAAACUUUUUCCAUCCCGUCGUUUAGCAAGGCGUCAGUCAUUUCAAUUCGCCCAUAGGACUCUACAGUGAGUGACCGAUCUCAUGAAAUGUUGAUUGAAAUUUUGAAAUGCGUUCUCGAUUAGGGAGGAUUACUUAGGAGCAGUUGUAAUACUGAUUAUCAUGCGGCAUAAUCCCAUAAUAUUGCGGACUUGGCAAGAUUUCAGCUUUUGAACACAUUACCUUUUAAUCUCCUGUAGAAACUGUACUCGGUGAAAAGUGGCUACUUAAGUAGCAUGCAUUUUUUCCAUUGAUUUUUGAUGGUUUUGCAAAUUCAAAUAUAUUUUAUAGAAAACACAAACAAAAUAUGCUUUCUUUCAGUUGUUUGAUAGAGAAUCACGUCAUCUUUAUAUUUUAUACCCGAAAAAGGAGUACUAAUAGUUUUCUAGUUGCCGAACAAUUUGGACCCUGAUCAGUCGUUGCACUAGCGCUUAGUGAUUUCAGUCUACAAGGUGCAUGCGUUCAGAGUAAAGAAAAUCACAUAUUCUUCUACGUAUUUAAGAAGAUAUCAUACAGAGUCCAUAAAAUUUUGUAAUGGAUACAGACUGUGUUGCACAUUUCAUGAGGAGAAGCGGUAGAAAUACAGAUACGAUGUUAUAUGAGUGGACAUUUUACUGUCUUAAAAAAAUCUCAUAAUUAGAAACUUUUUAAAACCUAAUUAUACUCCUUCUUCGCGUAUAGCAUACAAAAAUGAGUGAUUCUCUAUCAAACAACUGAAAAAAGCAUAUUUUUAUUUGUGGUUUUUAUAAAAUAUAUUUGAUUUUGCAAGACCAUCAAAAAUCAAUGGGAAAAGUGUUUGCUACCUAUAUAGUCACUUAUCAGCGAGUACGGUUUCUACAGGAGAUUGAAAAGCAGUGCAUUCAAAAGCUGACCUCUUGCAAAGUCCGAAAUAUUAUAGGAGUAUGCCACAUGAUAAUCAGUAUUACAACCGCUCCUAAGUAAUCCCUUCUAAUCGAGAACGCAUUUCAGAAUUUCAGUCAACAUUUCUUGAGAUCGGUCACUCACUCUACAGGUAUCUGCUCCCGAAACAUGAGAUCUGGUCAGCAUGAUUAAGUACGAGCUGGUUGACCGCAGGAUUUUGUGCGUCUGCUAUGCCAUGAUUAAGCAAACCAUGGCCCUCGCAACUCCCCGUGUGCAAUGGCAGUUCUUUGGUACCGGGUUCCUUGCCGGCAGACACAUUUGCACUCCCGGUGGGUAUAUAGGUCGUGUACGUGGUUGCCUAGCAACUUGUGUCAUCCUUCUCCUUCUGACCCAUUUGUGUUGUUAGUAAAAUUCUCGUUCAAGUGCUUGUUGUGGACCGGAGGAUGUGGUGGCACGCCUAGGUGUAGGUUCGGCUGUGAUAGCUACCUACGCAUUUUCCCGCCUUCGAUCCUCUUGAUUCUGUCUUGACACCGGGUGCAGGUGGGGGAGGAGAGAGUGCGGUAGCUGCUGCGCAAGUCUACAUUCAUUAUAACCUUGAUCACGCACAAGUCACCGAGGCUGCUCUCGCCUUGCUGUGAAGCACGCGAUGGACAUCGUCGGCAAUGACGUAGCAUUAGUAGGCUUUCGUGAACGAGCGCGUCAACUUUCCUAUUCGUCACACAUUCCGUUUUUAAUGUUUGUCUCUCAAAGACUGCCUUGGUCUUGGAAGGUGGAGGGCAACUGCGACUUCUUUGAAGUCUGUACUGGCUUUUCGUCACCGUAACAAGAAGACCGCAGGCAGAUCGCCUAAACUAUCGCUGAAUUUAGACUGUGCUCUGUAGUUAGCAGCUAUGCCUCCCACCGGACCCAUCAAACUCCCGUGCUUCAAAUUUGUGAAAACUGAAAAUCAUUAAUAAUCACUACCUCCUGACAGAAAUUAUUGUGCUGCAUCUUUGAGACAAAUAGAGUUGUAGGUGAUCCGCACGGUGAUUCGAAUGGGAUUCAAGAAGUUGUCCAUGGGAAUUAACGAUAGCCUUCUUUCUCAUAGUACGGAUGUAUGAUGGGUGAUUUUCUAGCGUGUAUAUAUGGACAAAUAAGCCACCAGGAUCCCCGAAUGUACAGGGAGAAUUCGCUUAGGUUAGGGGUGCAUAACGCUUGUUGGCCGGGGAACUUGCUGGUGGCUCUUUACCAUUGUCGCGAUAGAUACGCAGAUGUCUGUUCAGGCCAGUGUGUAGCUGGAAUGUGUGGUUACUAUGAUGCCAAUUAGCAACUGUCUCGACACGGCCCGUGAUUGCUUUCUCUGUCAAGGAAGCGUCCGUGUCACGCACUGGUGAGAGCGUACACUGAUUGGGAAUCGUCGUCCCACUAAGGACAGAUGAGGGUCAGCAGACCACCACAGAGAGGGAGGCCACAAGCCGGGGCUAGCGAUCAUCAUGAAUUAAGUCUUCUUUGGAGGUCAUCUCCAUUUGGAACUCAACUCGAUAACGUUCCCACAGCAGGUUAAUAUGCAGGAAUAAACAGAGUUUGCCACCUGAAAGAAAGGAAUUCAGGCGUUUUCAGUGCUUGCUCCUAGACUGAUUUAUUCCCUUUUACUUUUUAGCCGGGUCCCUAUUCCCCUGAGCAAAUUCCAAGCCUUCAGUGCCAUGGUAGCUCGGUGACAGACCUGAUGUGGAGCCCCACUGCCAGUAACCUGCUCGCCACUGCCUCCUGGGACAGGACAGUAUGUGCAGAAGUUUUUUUUAACCCGUGCUCGACUCGCUAAUUAAAGCAGCUCAGGAAACCCCCUGGCAAUGAACUACUGUUUUUUGCUCCGUUUCAGGUACGAGUUUGGAGCUCGGUCUCACGAGAUAAACUUAUUAUGCCGAAUUCCAGUCCAACUUCCUCCUCCUCCUCCCCCUCCUCUUCUUCAUCUUCCUUCGAAGGAAUGGAGAAGAAGCCCUACACAUCACAAGCUCCUGCGGUAAAGUUAGCGGAGCUGAUCCAUAUCGAUAGGGUCGUCUGUGUUGCCUGGAGUCCAUCCUCACCGGAACUGAUCGCAUCGGCCAUCCACAAUCGGAGGGUAAAUGAAGCAAGAAAGGUGUACUCAUGAGAGAUUGAAUGAAUCCUAUGCUUUACAUACUCUGCAACCUCCGUGCUAGCAUUUUAUUCCCACAGCAGAUAGAAAUGGUAAUCUUUCAGUUUUGGAGCGUAGUCACCUUUUCAUCCAUACGACGCUGUCAACUGUUUUUUUUUUAUUUCACUCAUUUCCCACCACCCCAACCCUCCACGGCCAAACAGGCGAUGAUUUGGGAUAUUUCCUUGGGCGGAUGCGCGGAAGCAGUGCAGGCAGUCAGGUCACCCUUGCAGUUAAUCAAUCUUAGCGCCAGUGUAUGCGAUUUCUCUUGGUCCCCGGAGUCACAUAACACCCUCCUCGCCUCCGCCUGUCGCGACAAGCGGCUGUACAUACACGAUCUACGAUCGCCGUCCUCUGCGGGAUCUGUAAUCUCCUGGGUCUGUCACAGGAGUUCUAAGCCCUGGAAGAUCAGUUUCCUAGAUGAGAGGACCAUAGCGAGUGUUGGAUUCGGCGAGGAAGGGGGCAGGGAGGUGGCACUAUGGAAUUUGGUAGGUGAACGGUGAUGUGCGAUUACCUUUCUACUAUUAUAUAUUCAGUAGCCAUGUUUUAAGAUUGUUCAUAUCCCUGUUAUGCUAAUCGUUUUCAGUCAAAAACCACUGCUCCGGUUCAAAGGUUUCAGUGCGACCAGUCUUCAGGCGGCAUAAUUCUGCAUUACUACCUGGAAAAUCGCUACCUAUUUCUCUCCGGGAGAGUAAGCAAACAUUGUUACGCAAUAACUCCCAGAUUAUCUGUUUUUCGUGCUUUUUGCAAUUCGUCUCAAUGUGUGAUGCGUACUUUCUCAUCAAUCGGCUCUCAAUUUCUUUUCUUGGACAAUUAAAACUGCUUCGAAAUUAACUUAGUGAACUGAGAAAGAAAAAGGCUUUAAUGGGUCUUGCUUCGGUCGGUCAAAGUGGAAUGGCAAAAUAACGAUGAAACCCCGAGGUGGCAAAUUCAUGAUCGACUCUUGGUGUAGUUUUGGUUGUAAAACAUUACAAGUAAACCUAUUCUGAAUGCGCUGAAGUCAAGAAUUUGACAUCUAAUGGUCAAAUAAAUUACUUCUGUCAAUUUGCAAACCACUUAUUUAUGCUGUUCAAGUCAGUUUGAUUUCAAGCGAUCGAUUUUUCUGUUUACAGGGUGAUAGCAGUCUACGAAUAUUCACCUAUUCGAAUCACACAAUCAGUCUCGUUGACCGGUUCCAGAGCCCACAUCCUUAUCGCGAUAUCUGUGAGUCCUAACAGUUUUUUGUAUCACCACAUGACCGCCUGUCAUGGAAAGCUGUGUCAUGGUAUCAACACUUAUUUAAGGUGACUUGUUUAAUCGACAUAUUUGAGCAGACUAUUAAAGGAGAAAAGCGCGCGUCUCAUAAGACACCUCAUUUACAGCCCUGUUUUCGCUAGGCUGGAUGCCACAGCCCGGCCUAAAUUCCGCUGAAGGUGAAAUUGCUCGCUGUUUUCGCCUCUUCGUUCCCGACUCGGCCCUUGUGCUGGCAGCCAGCGGACGCCGCAGUGACUUUAGCUCCACUAAUCAGUGGGCGGAGCCGGGGUCAUCCGUGUCGCCGACAGGUCAAGGUCCGCCAACUCGGGGUGGUGGCAGAGGCGUUCAUCGCCACACAAACAGCACCCUCAUCGAGCCUCUCAGUGUCUACCGUUGUGACCUUUUGCACGAUCCUUGCACAAACAGCGGUCCAACUGGAAUGUACCAUGCGCAAACUGACGGCAUCUCGUCUGCGUCAAAGGACUUCCAAAGUAGUUUUAAAAAGAUCUGCCCUCCAGGCGGUACAAACGACAGGCAGGAUCGUGAACUGACUGAACGACCGCCAGCCUUCCCAGUAAGUCUAACGGGUAGACUUAAAUUGGGCAUAAAAAUUGCUGUAAUCACGUGGAAGACAACUUACCUAUUACUUAUUUUAUCCUUUGAUUUCAGGCAAAAGUUGCUCCAGCUGUUACAUCUUCAACAGAUUCCACGUCAACUCUGACAUUGAAGUCGGAUUAUGGGCGACCAUCCCCUCCCCAAAAUGGUUUUCGACUCCAACAGCGGCCUCAACUUCAGAAGACAAACCGCAGACAGAGGAUUUGCUUAACGCCUGGGUCUGCAACCCCCCAUGAGGGAAAGGCACCCUUCAGGGACUCUAGGCGACGCAACCCCACGCCACACAAGAAAAGUACAGAAGUAAAUACAAUUUCAUGUAGAAUAAAACGAUCUACUCAAACACAUAUAAGUAAUAAAACAAACGUAGUUGAAAGGAGGGAUGGGGAGAGGGUACUUGAACCCUGUGCACCUGUACGUCUACCGGUAAUUAAGGAAAAAGAACACAACCUCAACCAAAAGCCCCCAACGGACGGACGCAAAAAUGAAUGGAAUAUUAAACGAUGGAACAUUGCAGAUACGUCCCAUGGACAGGAAUCCAAACCGUGUCCACUUCCCAAGGGACCCAAAGUCCCAAGCCGCAGCACGUACCUCCAAAGGCGCAGGAGCCGGCGCGGACUUACGGUUGAGGCCCUGAGUUAUCCCAAAGACCAUCAGGAUACGACAGAUGUUGGGGAUUCGGUGUGGGAGGUAAGUUCUCAAACUCUCAAUGACUAAGCUUUUCAAUUGUUUCAUUCAAAACAUCUUUAUAAUUCUUGAAUUUUAGAAUUUUCAUCUGAUAAUUUGAAAAGCGAAUUCAAGUAAAUCACCAUGAGUCCUUUAGAAAAGGCAGCUCUCUCUCUCUUUGGCUAAAUCUACAUGGCAGUUUUCAACGUUUAUAUUUUUGCAGUGUGCUUUUACUCAGCUUAUGAAUAUGACAAGCAGUAGAAAGGUGAAUCAGUAAAAAUUCGACUAAUAAUACUACCCUAUAAGUUUUUGCGGUUCGCAUGCGUGUGCCUGCUAAAGUGCGCAAUUACACAUUGGACUAUAAAAGUAACGUACACCAAAAAAAAUUCAGAGUGCCAAUUUUAAGGUUCCGCUCAGUUAUUCACGUUAAUUUUUUUCCGACUGUCGAUCUAAAAUCGUAAGUGACAGCUAGUCAGAACGCCCAAAACGCACAAAUGGAGCAUUUCUUUUAGUUUUCGGGAAGGCUGAAAAAAAUGGCGCAUCCAAAAAAGCAUGCACUAGGAGACACGGAAAUAUGAACCGCCUCAGUACUGUGGGCAGAUGUCAAUUCCCGUGUCCCAAUUAUAACCGUAGCCCUAACCAUAAUCUUAAUGCCAAUCCUCCCUCCCCCAACCCUAGCAAUAUCUUCCAUCUGAAAUUGAAGGUAAAACUACCUACUGGAGGUCUGCAUUUCCUUACCCAACCAGUGUACGGUUUUCAGUGUUCAUUUACGGGUGAAAAGAACUUAAGAUAUCACGAAGCGCGGUGGGGAGGUAGAGCGGUCAGGUUGUCUGGCCAACAGCCUCGCUGUUGGAGGUACGAAAGCCGGUACGAAGGCAUGGAUCAUCAGCAAGUGUGACGCAUUCACUGUCUUCACAGCUGGCAAUACAAGGGGUAGAUGCUGACCACGGUAGAAACAUCUCUCCAACGAAAGGCUUAUUUUGGACAGAGGAUGGGAAUACUCUAGACGUAUGGCAACCAGAUCCGCUACUGUGAGUAACCACUGACACAGCAGCUUCAAUUGCUUUGUCUGUGAUUGGUUCGCCCUUUUCAAGGCCUCUGGCAGCCACUUCGUGGCCGGUGUCCGCAAGGUUGGUCAGAACGGCGACCGGGGUGGAUCUGACCGUGUCCUGACCAAACCGCGCUCGGAAAUGUUCACGUAGUGAGACGACCCAUAGGUCAACCUGCUCCGCAUGACAGUUUGACCGUCGCGAAAGAUAACAUCCGCCGCGUCCCCCACAGUGUGGGCGCUACACUGGCAACUUUCGUGUAAAUUAGUUUGCCGUGAAGCUGACUUGAGAAGCAUCUAUUGCACCCUCUCUUCCCCACUCACCUGGCUCCGAUUGCAGGAUGAUGUCAAGGCGACCGGAGGUGGUCGAGGGCACGAUGGCUGACAGAGCUAAUCAGCCCGUCUACGCGUGCGUCACACGUCCCGCUCCCCCCUAAGUGCGCCAGGUCUUCACGAGGACGGAUCGGGUCUCAAAUGCGUGAGAGUGUCAUAGGGGCCACGUUCAGAACGAGGGAUUGAACACGACCGUCGGCCCUGGAAAGGACCAAAUUAUCCUGUCAGUCGGUACAGAUCAAGGCCGCAAACUUUACUGCGUCGGGAUGGAUCCAUGCGCGUCAGCCUGACUGAAGUUAGGAAUGUGGCAAUGUGCUACGAGGGUGAAUUCCCCAUCCCUCCCUCUCUCUUUUUCUUCCCUCUCCCAACUCCUAGUCCACUGUCCGAGACUGCCAACCAGCUGAUUAUGGAAUUAGGCGCAUUGGUUGGGGCAACGUGAGGGCCUGCAUAAGUAUAAGGCCACUCACCACACGCAUUUACGGCAGUUGUUAUGGGCGCAAGCAGACUCUGCGCAGCCGGAUUAAACCAUGCUGUGAGCAAAUCUGACACCCGUUUUUGUCCAUCGCAUCUGCACCCCAGCCCGCAGAGGUAAUAUAGCAAGUAGACGCGCAUAGGGAAGCCAAAGGCUGAAGAUCAUACUUGCUUGAUCACACGCUUACUGAGCCUCGAACAAGACCUCUUUCUUUUCUAUCACGAACACCUCCGACUUCGGUGUUUGGUUUUUCUAGGUGUCUCUAAAUCAUUCUAUCCUGAUGGAACUCUUCUCAUGUAGGCUUGCUGCUCUUUGUAGGGUCCCUUCGAACCAUGUAGGUCAAGUUCUGUUUCCUAGGCAACAAACUAAGGUUUGCUGAUUAAGCUGUGAGACCCCAGCCACUACGACCAUCGGACCCAGCUCCGAACUGAAAGAGAAGAAAUGGGACUCCAGUUGCAAGAAUGUUGUAUUUUGUACAAAACUAGUAGAAAAGUAAUUUCUCGGAUUUGGGAGUCGGACGAGGGCUCGUCCGAUGUCGCGAGAGCGGCGUCCGUGUAUGUCAGCCAGGGGGUAAUCGUCCGGCGCCUUCACCAAGAUCAUGCUUGAGUCAGCCUCAAAGAUGAUUGGCCAGCUUGGACAGCCGGCGUUGGGCGAAGAACAGACUGUUAUUGGUGCGCAAGUAAAAGUAGUCGCAAGAGGGUCAGUGUUACAACACGCGCCCAGAGUUUGACUACUACAAAGUGAACACGCCCGUUUGUCACGAACCGACUUCUCUUAAUCUGAAUAUGGCAUUUCUGCGGGUUUAAGGUGAGGUCUUUUUUAAGGAAUAAAUUUUUAUCACUCGAAUCUUUUAAGAGCGAAGAGGCCGGCACGCCCAAACGGACGCCCGCAAAAUUCAAGAGUACCACGGGCACUAUGUCAGGAGCUGACCGGAAGAGGUGGAUGGUACCACCCCAACCCAACUGCAGCUUCGGAAAUGAGUAUUCAGCAGAACAGAGCGGGUAAGUCAGGCUUGGGCCAGGGUGAGUAACCUAACUUAUCUUGCUUCCUCGUGCAAAAAACCGAACAUUCCCUUAGUUUUUUUUCAAUGAAAUUGCCAUAAAGACGACGUAUGUGGUCCCACCGAGGCACUAUUUGUAUGAUAUUCCUACUUAUUUCAUAUGAGUAAACAUGUUAUUUUAGCGUUGCUUUCACGGCCGAACUUACGAAUAGGGUCGCGGUUAGGGUAAGGGUCAAGGUUAGAUAUAAGACUUGGGCUGAGUUAAAAAUCAAGGUUAGGGUUGGCAUUAGAUUCACAUUUGCCUGCCGCGUACCUUUUUACUUAAUCCGGCCAUCAUUAACUAAUAAACGCAGGUGGCCUGUUUUCCACCCGUUUACAUGCUCUUAAUCCACAUCUUUUAAAAUGAGCAGUCUGUUGCGAUACCCCAUUUAAGUAGAAAAAAAAUAUGGCAAACGUGGGCGUUUUCUCAAUACUACUUUCACCUUUCCCACUCAAUAAAUCCCAUAUAAACGUCCUUCGCGUAUUGCAGGAGUCCCUGUGCUUCAGUUCCAGGCGGAGUUGCAUACGCCACGUAGCCGAAAUCACCUUUAUUAGCUCUGCCACUUACUUCGACUCCCAAAUACUGAUUGCAAUCACUUUAGUCUGUUGAGGACUGCAACUGCAUAUGCUUGGGGUAUUCUGACAAACAGCUGAACCACCUUUCAGAGGUCGCGCGUAAACCAAAAUGAUAUCCUUACAAACUGUGUACUUUCCCUGAAGCUCAAUACCUGACCCUUUCUGAUGUAUUGGUUAAUCUCGUGUUAUUUUGACCCCUACGAUCCCUCACAUUGACCAGUUGCCUUGUUUUCUCAGCACUUCUCCGAGACUACGUCUAAAGUAUUCGCAGAGAGAUGAACUUGAUGUAAGCCUUUUUCACUUAAGAAUUCUGAGAUUAUUUAAUCAUGGAAAUCAGAGCAUCUUCAUGCGCUUUUUCUACAUAAAUAUAUGGCCGCCCUGAUUAUUUUGAUUUCUGUGAAGUGCUUUUAAUGCAUUUAAUGAACCAGUCACGCAGUCUGAGAUCGUGUGCUUUAGUUGUGGACACGUAAAGGCCAAGGGAUUCGUGCUGUCAUGGUUCGACCGCUCCAAGUCCAUCGACCUGUUUGAAUGAGAGUGCCAGCAGAUCCUUCUAUCAGCCGAUCAGAAAAGUGGAUAGCUCUGGCAGCCUGAAAUGAGCUCUCUAUAAGCUGGACAUCGCGGCCAUCAUUGCGUCCCCGUUCUAGGAGUUAGGGUAUGUAAAUGACGUAGAAACGGAAUACAUCCUCCUCUUCUUCAAUGAGCCCCCAACGGCAGAACCUCGAAAGGACAUCUUGAGGCGCUUGUCCUGUCUCUCUCAGGAGACCAAUGGUCGCCUCCGGAUCCAAUUUCUAACUCUACACGGAGAAUUAUCCGUUCCCAACGUCAGUUCUUAUGCUCCCCAGAAAGAAAAUUUCUCCAAAUACCUGCACUUUCCCCACACGGUUGUGUCCGGGGGGGAGGGGAGCGAACAAAUUUAUUGUCUGCGGUAGACUCCGAUCACGCUACCUGGAACCGAACAGUAAGUAGUCAGGGAGAAGGCAACUGUAUCGGCAGCAGACUGCUUUUGUGACAGACAUGAAUAGACGGUAAUCUUCUCUCUACCAACCCCUUCAUCGACUUUCCAAACCUGAAGAAGACGAAGUGGAUACAUCCUCACUCGAGACACAAGCGACUGCUGAACUGCAGUGCCUUCUAGAGGUGAUAUCAGCGUGAUGUGCCAGUAACAAGACGACGUGUGGUACCCAAGGCUUAGCCGACCCCUGCUUUGUUAUUUCAAGCGGGAAGCUGGGAUCACACAGCUCAUUUUAGGAAUAAGAAGGUGCUGGGACAAAUACUGUAGGAAGGAAUGUCUACAAAGACAAAGGAGACCGUGGUGGCCACUCCCCAUUUGCUAUUCGUUGUCAGCCAGUCACAUCCAACACCAAGACUACAUGUUCUAGGAUUCAAACCCGAGUUACUUGAUCAUUGAGGGUUAGGUUCAAUGCUCUACUAAUUGAAGUAAGGGCCCGUUUAAUAUUUAGUUGAAAUCAAGAAGAAACACCAUCAUAGGAAGAACGUUCACUGACUGACAAGCUUCUGAAAUAUGCCUUAUAAUAUAGCCUAACGGUAGAGCGUUGGAUUUAGUAUAGUACAGUAUAUUUAGGAUAAUGGGCAAUGCCCUUGAUCACUCUAUUAAAAACGGUGCACACGAUAUUCAUGUUAAAUGCACAUGUUACUAGAAUGAUGCCAGCAGCAUAUUCGCUUACAGAAAUCUUUUUCGUGUUGUGGGACUGCGAAGCCUACGGCAAACGGUCCUUUCCAUGCACACUAAAUAUCAUAUAUAAGUGCAAUUAUAUGCAGUCAACACAAACUGUAGUCAAUUUUGUACUGAUUGUCUGCAAUAGCACUUAUAAUCGCAAAUGUACGUGAAAAUGACCGUCCGCCGUAACCUUCGCUCAACGUCCAGAGAACCCAGGUUUGAAUCCCAGGUUUUCCACGUCUGAGGUUCAGUAUGUCCGGUUGACGGCGGCCAAUAGACCGGAAAUGGUCAUCCCGGUAUCCAUUCAUUGAUAAUCACUUACCUGCAUGUAGCACUAAUACCAGUCCCGUGUUCACUCCCAUGCUAAUUGUUGCCUGCCAUGACAAGUGGCCUAGAAUUGUUUUAGUCUAUCAAAAAGACGUGUGCGGACUGAAACCAAGGUAUUGGAGGCCAGUGUCCACGACCCACUAUUUGUGCAACCGACUGCCUCCCACACCCUAACCUAAGCAAGCCUACGGCGAGUCAGCUGUUAAAUCCUCGGACUAACCAUCGCUAAUGGUUAUGUGCCAAUCAGCACCGGUAAAGGAGUCCGACUAACUUGUGGCAGGGAGCGUUAUACAAGGUUUUUAUUUCCCGUGGCCUUUUAUCUCUGAUGGAUCACCAUGUUUCUUCUGACCUUUUUUUAGUAAAAAGCUGCAAAAACAGAUUUUAGUUAUUUUAGGGAAAAAUACAGAAAUCAACAAUUGCCUUUACCCUCAGGUUACUUAUUUCUAAUCGUAUGCUUUCAGUCAUGGGAAGAUGAGAAAGUACUGAUUUGCGCUUCGAUAAGGACCAUAUUGCGGACUUGCGCGUAUUCUAAGUUGCACUUGGCAUCGUUUUGCAAACAGCCCUUUUGUAUGCUGCCAUAGGUGAAGCGAAGUAAAUAGCCCAGAUUUGUCACCAGCGUUCUCCUGAAAAAGAACAAGAAUAUUUUGCGUUUUUAGCAAUACAAAGAUAUAACCACCUAUCCCCCCUUGAAAUGCACGCUUACAUGGUUGUUUUUUUACUUUCGUCAGGCAGACGUUUGCUUUUGACUAUCGAAUUCGGAAACGGUACUUUCCACAAUACAUUCGUUGUAUUCAGUUAUUUGGACCACAGUGAUUUAGCCGAGUUUGGUUACAUAGCCCGAAAUUGAUGCGUAUGAAAAUAUAAUCAUCUAACUUAUUUGCUUGGUGACACCAUACGCCAACCCAAUGGGAAAUAAGUUCUAUCGAUAUGGUGCACAAAUUGGUCAUAUAAUCUGAUGACCAUAAGGGCAAGGUUCAGUAUAUAAAUGAUCAAAAGCUUCGGAAGGAAUGCAUAGUUCAAAGGUGUGUGUGUGUUGCAAUAGGACGACACCACUGGGGUCGGUUUUGCUGGUGCCGAUUUCAAAGGCAGUAUGAACAGCGUUUGGGAAGGACAUUGAAUUGGUGCUGAGAGUUGCUGUGCUCACGGGGAUGCAGUGCUGUAUAGGGUUCGAUUUCAGGAGAUGGUUAUAUUUCAGUCAAAUUGCAUUAUCUGUUUUCUAUGCUCAUGUAGUAGAAAAGGGACCUGGUGUGUUUUCUUGCAUAUAAUUAACAAUAUCUGACCCAGUAAAAGUGCUUAAAUAAAAACCAACAUCUGUCCGGUAACGCUUCGAACUCUUGGUUCUUUAGUCUAACCUUUAGUCACUUUUCAAGAUCAGACAAACGUAUUGGCAGACGACAACAUUCCAGCCCUUGAAAAUGGAGACGGGAUCGCUGAAACAAGAGCUUUAUUUGGCCGAAUUAUCUGGCUAAUAAGAUUUCCGUUCCAGCGAUCGUGUCUCCUUCUUCACGACUGCAUCCUGGGCCUUGUCUGUUUGUUUCUACUGACAGGUUUAGACUCUUUUAUAAAAGCCAGAAUAGACUUAGCUGUGCCUGCACUGAUUAUAUGUGUUCAUGCUGUCAGACUAUCGCAGUUUGCAGUCCUAUUACUGUUAUAUAAGAGGAUUCUGCACACCGUCUUCUUUAUCUGUCUUUGCGUGAAAGCAGGAUAUAGCAGAGACGUGCUCAGUCUCAGAUCUGGUGGCAGUCUUUGAGGCAAAACUAGCCUAUCAGGAUGCAUUUCAUGUCUCCUCACUGGAAAACAGACGCCCAACAACGCGAGGCCGGAACGUGCUGACGUCUGCAGAGAUGUCACCUCUCCUGCCGACAACGAGCACAACCAACGGGGUCAGAACGCAUGUUCACGCCUCGGAGUCCCCAACCAGAGACCGGAUCGGCAGGACCCAACCACCCUGCGCUCGCCGCUAUAGGGUUCAACGGCCUGAACAACCGUCAGUCUCACUCUGUUGCCUCUCUCCUGCCCUGCGUUACAUGCAGCGGGCCUCAGCAACUGGUUGCAAUCUUAUCAGUCCUGUACGAUCCGGGGUUCCUGAAGACAAUACACGGACUUUGGAGUCGGGUCCGUUAGCGCGCGACAAAAGAAUGAAAACCCUAUCAAGGAGGCAUGUGCUAGUGCGGAGGUCAAGAAAGCAGUCCAUUGUCAGGAAAUCACGACGAUGGCCUACUGAAGGUCAGCUGCGAUCACACCACUCCGAUGUCACUCUACGAGAGGAAGUAAAUGAGGUAACGUUCAUGGUGUCAUCAUAUCAAGAAGUAUGUGAGGCGGCGUACUUUGAGCAUUGAUUUCCUUAAUACCGUGGUUUUUGUUGUCUGUUUGAUGCAGCCGAGCCGACUGUAUUCUGCCCGGAAGGCGUACGAAGCUCGUUGCCUGGAUGGUGGAAAGUUAAGCCAACCAAAGAUGACCUUCUCCGAGAAGCUUGAGGUCACACCAUUCUUACCUCUGCUAACGGUUUCCGCUUUAAUCACACCACCGGCUUCCAUAGUUUCUGCGAGGCAGGAUAACGGAGGAUGCCGGUCGGAAAAUGCUCUGACACCAAACACCCUCCAGCGCAUAUUUCGGUCUACACGAGAGUUCUACUAUAAAUACACGCCCUCACCCGCACGGCUGACAAGAUCUCUAGAGACCAGCGAUGCUGAAGACCAAGUAGGGCCCUCAAGACAACCAAGGAUUAUCCUGUCUGAUGCGGAGUCAGUCAGCACUAUUUCACAAAACGCCGCGCGUAAGUUUCCUUCCUUAAAAUAUGCUCAAUAAAUUAAAUUUAAAUCCAUGCGAUCAGACGAGUUUAAGGGGGCAACGGAGAGGAAGCAUACUGGGUCACUGGGACAAGAAGUUUAUUUGUGUGACGUUUGGAGUACACAGUCAAAUCUAUUGGCAAAAAUAGAAAGAGAAGGACGAAAGAUGGCACAGGGUUCUGUAUUUAUAGGAUGGAGUUAAUACACAGACGCACACGUACUGACUGGUGGGUAGCGUUUCAGUCAUAAAUCACCAAGUCUUUGCUGCCAAAUUUGGUAAAAGAGAUUAUGAGAGUUCGGCAGGCUUGCUCCGUAGUACCGUCCACACCGUCGUAGUAGUUAGCUGUGUGCAUGUCAACAGUGUUGACGUUCGGUUAUUCGAGUGCGGUCUGCCGCUCAAGAGAUAUGACAUCGUAGUAGACCCCCACCCUGCAGAAUUACACCCCGCAUGAAUAUACUUUUAUACCUUUCUGUCCUAGUUUAUGAGUUCUAUCAAGGGACUUUAAAUGUCAGGCACAUAUAGAUUAUAGCUCACUGACUGCGUCUGCAAAAUAUUAGAUAAUAUUCUUUUGGUUGUGCUUUUGAAACUCCGUUAGUUGGCUAAUGAGCAAGUGCAAAGGUAGUUAUGAAUACCACUCUAUUCCCAAAUAAAUGACCAAACAUACCUGACCAUAGUAGCCUGUGAAAAUUUCAGAAAGAAAGAGGUCACUGAAGAGAGAACGUGCAUUGUCGAGAAAAUCAAAGCAGGUAAACGUACGCGUUCAAAAAUUCACCGUCCGAUCUUCACAAUAAUGUGCAUUACAGUAGGACAACGAGAGAUGCGAAACAAUCGAUAAUAAGGAACGGAGUUGAAAAGUAUACAGACAGACUAAAACAAGAGAGUGGAAUCCUGUUCCACUGCUCUCGGGGGAAAGGUUAGUCGGUGGAUCAAAUUUGUAUUUUGCAACCUAAUACGACGUUAAAGAAUUUAGGCAGGAAUCUUUAGGGUUCAAUUUUUGCCAAGGCAUUCUCGAGAAUAUGUCCCUCUGAGCAUAAUACCGGGUUGCUUGGCAACAUAACAGUGACCAUUAUUGCUGUACAGACUUCAUUAUGAGCAGUCCAAAAUACGCGUUUGAUCAUCCUUACUCCUUAUAUGAUUAGACUGAACGUCGGAUUAGAACUUACGCGUAUUUCUCCUUUUGAGGUUCUUAUGAAGUCACAAGUUCUCAAAAAGUCGCUUGAUUUCUGCCUACCGCUUACUUACCGCUAAUUUUUUAACUUUCCGCAUUUGCUGAUGUAAUUGAUGACUUUAUUACUGUUUAUCGAUAUGAAUAGUGAGCUCAAGGGCAAAAGCCUCAUUCCCUUAAUAAAAUGACUUAAACUGACUUAUAUCAAAUGCUUUUCAUUACGUAGGUGCAGGUGUCGACAGGCUAACAGAAGCAGCGUCAGUUAACGAAAACUGUGAGCUGGUUCUUGAAGACCACGGUAAAUCGAUCAAUCCAGUGAAUAAGGCGAAUCCCUUUAAUGAAGAAGUACAGUCCAGAAAUUUGGUCGGUGAUCUGGAUGCAAUUGUGCCCCAGCAUGUGCUAACCUCUCAAGCGACUACUUGA